GCAAGGUCCCAAGUUUGAUCCAUGGUGCAAAUAAAAGGACUCAAGGGGAGAACUUUACAGAGAGGACAAUUGAGGGAGCCUUACAUGCUAGACCAGAGGUUGACCUCCACCAUGCUUUCAGCACUGGAUGGCACAGUGCACCUUUGCCCCUGGCUCUUAAAGAGUGGGACUUAGUCUGAGGAGUGUGGCAACAAUUAAACAGAUACAAGACAUGAGAAACAUGCACCUGGUGUAGGCAGGAGUGAGAGGAAGAGUCACCCCCCACACACAUGAGUUUCCACUUCUGGGGUCACAGGGAGGUGAUGGCCUUGGAUUGCAAGAUGCAUGCAUGGGUCAUCAGAGGGGAAAUGUGAAUCCCUGAGAAUGCUCCAGAAAAAGGGGGGCCUCCGUAACCCUCUUCUGAUAUCCAAACCCUAGGGAACCCCCAUUCAGGGGUUUCCAAAAGUGCUACAUCUCACUUCUGUCUGAGUUCAGGGAUAUCACACCUUGGUGUGCAGUGGGUCACCAGGUCAGCAGAGGAACCACACCUCGUCAACAGAUCAAAGAAGCCAGGAUGUGCUAGCAAUCAAGGUCUUUCAGUCCUCAUCAUCAAGCUCCUGCCCAUCAUCGUGUCUGAAUCGCCAAAGCACUACCAACUUGAGCAAGACCCUCAGAACCAAAGUGAGACACAGGGCUUGGUGGACAGGCACUGUAGAGAAAGUUUCUGUCACUGGAACACUAGAUCCUCCUCGGUGUCCUGAGUGCCCAGUGUCAUGGCCGCCGCCCCAUCAAGCCAAUCCCAUGGGGGCUCCAGCAGCGAACAAGGAGAAGGUUCAUCCCUCUCAUGCGACCUGCUAAACACUGAGUCCUUGACUAGUGACGUCAUACAGACUGAGGUGGCUGAAUUGAUGGAGUUCCUGACCCUUAAGUAUCUAAUGAAUAAGACAACCACCAAGGCAGAAAUGAUGAAGGUUGUCACCAAAGACUACCAGGAGCACUUCCUUAUGCUCUUCAAGGAAGCCUCUCACUGUAUGCUGCUGGUCUUUGGCAUUGAUGUAAAGGAAGUGGACCCUCACAACCACUCCUAUGUCCUUGUCCCUGCCCUGGGCCUCACCUAUGAUGGGAAGGAGAGUAAUGAUAAGGGCUACCCCAGGACCAUCCUCCUGAUAAUUGUCCUGGGUAUCAUCCACAUUGAGGAAAAUAGUGCCAGUGAGGAAGCCAUUUGGGAAAUGCUGAAUGGGAUGGGGUUGUAUCCUGGGAGGGAGCACUGCAUUUAUGGGGAGCCCAGGAAAUUCCUCACCAAAGAUUUGGUGCAGGAACAGUACUUAGAAUGUCUGGAGGUGCCCAGCAGUGAUCCUCCUCGAUAUAAGUUCCUGUGGGGUCCAAGGGCCUACAGUGAAACCAGUGAGAAAAAAGUCCUGGAAUUUUGGGGCAUGCUCAAAGAUACCACCCUUAAGUCCUUGUCUGUCUGUUUUGAGAAGAGUUCAGAAGAUGAAGAGAGAGAACUACGGUUAGGGUCAGUGGAAAGUGACAACUAGGGCCAGGGCCAGGGCUAGGGAACAUUUCAAAGCCAAAUCCAGCGGCUUCUCCUGUCCCGUGUAAUUUCUGAGGCAGAUUCUAAACUCUGUGCUUGAAAAGAACAGUCAUUUUUCUAAAUAGUGCAGAUGCAGCAUUGGGACUGGGUAAAUUCAGUAU